AUGGCCCGAACAAAGUCUACAGUUAUUGCCCGAAAGGUCACCGGUGGAAAGGCUCCCCGAAAGCAGAUUGGAUCCAAGGCUGCCCGAAAGUCCGCUGCUCCUUCCAACACCUCCGGUGGUGUUAAGAAGCCUCACCGAUACAAGCCCGGUACCGUCGCUCUCCGAGAGAUUCGACGAUACCAGAAGUCCACUGAGCUCCUCAUCCGAAAGCUCCCCUUCCAGCGACUUGUCCGAGAGAUUGCCCAGGACUUCAAGACCGAUCUCCGAUUCCAGUCUUCCGCCAUCGGUGCUCUCCAGGAGUCCGUUGAGGCCUACCUUGUCUCCCUCUUUGAGGACACUAACCUGUGUGCUAUCCACGCCAAGCGAGUCACCAUCCAGAAGAAGGAUAUCCACCUUGCUCGACGACUCCGAGGCGAGUAA